CACAGUGUGGGAGCCCCCACAGAGAAGGCCCUUCCCCUGGGGGCCGCCAGCCGACAUUGUUUGGCGGACGGCACCCUGAGAAGUCCCUCUCUGUGAGAGUGUACGGGUCGGUGGGAGGCAUGUGGUAAACAGCAGGCGGUCCCGUAAGUACCCAGGCCCUAAGCCAUGGAGCGCUUUAAAGGUCAUAACCUUUUAAUAUAAUUAAUUAAUAUAUAUAGUUCAGGCAUAUUUUUUUACUUAUAUAUUUUCUUCAAGACAUGUUGUUUUAUCUACGACAAUUGUUUGUGUAUACUGUUGUGACAAAAGAAAUGUAAAAAAAAAAAGCCAGCCCAGUGCAUUGGAUUUGCACAAUACGCACAGGCGCGUCCGCGCAACUGUAAAGGUUAACUCUACUUUUAAAUAUUCCCUGAUUGCAUUCAUAGGCCGCCGCAAGUUGUACUUCUUCCUCCUGUCGUCUGAAUGCAGUGGGUCGUCCUUCAAUUCAAUUCAGAACAGAGCUGGAAGGGACCUUCGAGUUCUAUUAGGCCAAACCCCCUGUUCAAAUAGGAGACCUCCUUAUACCAUUUCAGACACGUGGCUUUCCAGUCUCUUCUUAAAAACCUCCAGUGAUGAAGCACCCACAACUUUUUUUUAAAUUUAAUUUUGUCACAACAGUAUACAUAAACAUUGUCAUAGUAAAAAAAGAAAAACAUAUCAUGAAAUAUAAGUAAAUAUAAGUAAAUAUUAUAUAAUAUUAUAUAAUAUAAGUAAAUAUAAGUAAAGGAUAUGCAUAGCUAUAUUAAUUAGAUAUAAUAAAGAGAACAAUAGGACAGGAACGGUAGGCACUUUUGUGCUCUUAUGCACGCCCCUUACAGACCUCUUAGGAAUGGGGUGAGGUCAAUAGUAGACAGUUUUUGGUUGAAGCUUUGGGGAUUUUGGGAAGAGACCACGGAGUCAGCCCAGCAUCUUGAAAACAUCUCGGAAGCCGACAGAACCCGUGGAAGACCUCUCAGUAACCCACAAAAGUCUCCGUCUCCAGAUAGAAGAACUGAGAGGGACUUUAGUCUGCUUGGACUCUGAGAACAAGAUGUUUCUCAAAGACAAGGAGUGCAUCAAAGAGCAGCAGAAAUCUCUCCGGAACACAAUGGAUUACCUUAAGUCCACCAUAGAACACUUGCAGGUGACGGUGGAGGACAUCAGAGAAAAGUUGGACCAAGCCAACACGGUGAUCCAAGACUUAGCGCGGCAGAACAAGUCUUUGGUGAAAGCCAACGAAGACCUCAACCAGGAAAUGCACGCCGUCACCAGCCAGGUGGCCGCCUUCAGAGACGACAGGCCUGCCCAAGAGGACAACCUCAAGGAGAUGCGGAACCUUCCAUCGGAGGUUCAAAAGUACCUGCGUAACCUGGAAGAUAAACUGGCUAAGAUGGAGCAUAACUGCCACGUGGAAAAGAUCCAAUCCGGCCAACUGAAGGAGAGAGUCACAAAUCUUCAGGCAGCCAGAGAAGACAGGAGGAAGCGCAUCAAAGACCUGCAGGACCAGCAGGACCUCUGCGUGCAGCAGGCCUCCUCUGUGCGGCUGGACCGGGAAAACCAGAUGCCAACGGGCAUCCUGAUGCAUGAACAAAUAGAGGCCAGGCUGAUGGCGGAUGGGUCAAAGGCAAGGAAGGUUCUGCAUUGCUUAUGGACGGCAGCCAAAAUUCUACUUGCCUUCUGUCUAUUCCUUGGCCUUGUCUUGGCGUACACUCACUUUUUUAAUCCGCUGUUCAUCUCUGACACGCUUUUGGUGCUCCUGAGUGACCAGAGCAUUGACAGACUUGUGCACCGUUUCUCCCCUUAUCUCGAGUGGAGCAAUGACGGCCUUUUACCGUUUUGACAAGCAAAAGGAAUCCUGUGUUGUAUAUUUGAAGAACCAUCAUAUAUGUAUAUAUAUAUAUGUGUGUGUGUGUGUGUGUGUGUACAUGUAUGU